AUCUUUGGGAAUGUGUAAAAAAUGUGGUGAUCUCAGAAUGAUAGCUUGCUCAAGGUGCAGAGGAUCAGGCUUUGUUAGCAAAGGACUCUUUGGUUUUAGCAUGGUGGAUGAUCUUGUCCAGUUAUUUCAAGAUGAAGGCAGCAAAACCUCUUUGGUAAAAUGCAAUAAAUGCCUAUCAAAAGGAAGCUUUCCAUGCCCUGAAUGUUCCAAGACCUUAUAAUUUUGUGGUAUUUGCAUAAAUACCGCACAAAUCUUAUGCAUUUACAUAUCUACACCUAAACAUGCAUAUUUACUUGCAUACCGCUUAAAUCCUUAACAUCAUAUCAAAUAUACCGGCAUCACUAUCUUUUCAAAAGUGACAUGAACCUUUUCAUGCGUAGGUUUAUGCACAAAAGUGUUAUAAGUAUAAAUAUCAAACUUUGGGUGUUAGGUACGUCAAUAUAUUAUUCAUUUCAUGUUAAUUAAUCUUUUUUCUUGUUAUAUAAUGAUUUGUUAGGUGCUUUCUUGAGUCCAUUAGCAUGGUGUGUGAGUGCAAGAAAAAAGAUCUAAAGGAAAUUUACAUACAUAACACACAAUUCUUUUGUAUUUACAACCAAC